ACAUUUUGCAAGCCGUCUUAAAGAAACAGGUCAACUUAGUUUAGGGAUGAAACUUGAAAGUAAGCUUCGUCACAAAAAACACAGUUCAACACCACCUCGCCCGUCCGCAGGCAGCUCAGAGGAGAGGAAGUGAGGCCAAGACAUAUUUCACGCAGCACAGACUAAACCCCAGCUUUUAUCUUUCCCGCUGAUCCUUAAGGGACCAACCGUACUGAUUUUCCGUCAUGUUCCGCGCCACUUCCGUUCGCGCACUUUAAUUACGUCAGGCGUCCUCUCUCGCGGUAUCAUCCGGUUGCUGAGGCCCUGUAAUAAAGGUCUCGCGAAAUUUGUUCUAGAGGUCCAAGCUUGCUUCUUAGCUUACUCCACCCCACCCCCAACCUGUCCCUCCUUUUCUCUCCAAGUCACAAAAUUCUCCCCUCCCCUACCCCGGAGUUUACGGCCCUCCUCCUGUUUCCGAUUUCAGCCCGGAACCGGAAGUGUAGUGGGCGGGGCCCGUCGGCGGAAAACGCAGCGGAGCCAGAGCCGGACACGGCUGUGGCCGCUGCCUCUAUCCCCGCCACGGAUCGCCGGGUAGUAGGACUGCGCGGCUCCAGGCUGAGGGUCGGUCCGGAGGCGGGUGGGCGCGGGUCUCACCCGGAUUGUCCGGGUGGCACCGUUCCCGGCCCCACCGGGCGCCGCGAGGGAUCAUGUCUACAGCCUCUGCCGCCUCCUCCUCCUCCUCGUCUUCGGCCGGUGAGAUGAUCGAAGCCCCUUCUCAGGUCCUCAACUUUGAAGAGAUCGACUACAAGGAGAUCGAGGUGGAAGAGGUUGUUGGAAGAGGAGCCUUUGGAGUUGUUUGCAAAGCUAAGUGGAGAGCAAAAGAUGUUGCUAUUAAACAAAUAGAAAGUGAAUCUGAGAGGAAAGCAUUUAUUGUAGAGCUUCGGCAGUUAUCCCGUGUGAACCAUCCUAAUAUUGUAAAGCUUUAUGGAGCCUGCUUGAAUCCAGUGUGUCUUGUGAUGGAAUAUGCUGAAGGGGGCUCUUUAUAUAAUGUGCUGCAUGGUGCUGAACCAUUGCCAUAUUAUACUGCUGCCCACGCAAUGAGUUGGUGUUUACAAUGUUCCCAAGGAGUGGCUUAUCUUCACAGCAUGCAACCCAAAGCGCUAAUUCACAGGGACCUGAAACCACCAAACUUACUGCUGGUUGCAGGGGGGACAGUUCUAAAAAUUUGUGAUUUUGGUACAGCCUGUGACAUUCAGACACACAUGACCAAUAACAAGGGGAGUGCUGCUUGGAUGGCACCUGAAGUUUUUGAAGGUAGUAAUUACAGUGAAAAAUGUGACGUCUUCAGCUGGGGUAUUAUUCUUUGGGAAGUGAUAACGCGUCGGAAACCCUUUGAUGAGAUUGGUGGCCCAGCUUUCCGAAUCAUGUGGGCUGUUCAUAAUGGUACUCGACCACCACUGAUCAAAAAUUUACCUAAGCCCAUUGAGAGCCUGAUGACUCGUUGUUGGUCUAAAGAUCCUUCCCAGCGCCCUUCAAUGGAGGAAAUUGUGAAAAUAAUGACUCACUUGAUGCGGUACUUUCCAGGAGCAGAUGAGCCAUUACAGUAUCCUUGUCAGUAUUCAGAUGAAGGACAGAGCAACUCUGCCACCAGUACAGGCUCAUUCAUGGACAUUGCUUCUACAAAUACGAGUAACAAAAGUGACACUAAUAUGGAACAAGUUCCUGCCACAAAUGAUACUAUUAAGCGCUUAGAAUCAAAAUUGUUGAAAAAUCAGGCAAAGCAACAGAGUGAAUCUGGACGUUUAAGCUUGGGAGCCUCCCGUGGGAGCAGUGUGGAGAGCUUGCCCCCAACCUCUGAGGGCAAGAGGAUGAGUGCUGACAUGUCUGAAAUAGAAGCUAGGAUCGCUGCAACCACAGGCAACGGACAGCCAAGACGUAGAUCCAUCCAAGACUUGACUGUAACUGGAACAGAACCUGGUCAGGUGAGCAGUAGGUCAUCCAGUCCCAGUGUCAGAAUGAUUACUACCUCAGGACCAACCUCAGAAAAGCCAACUCGAAGUCAUCCAUGGACCCCUGAUGAUUCCACAGAUACCAAUGGAUCAGAUAACUCCAUCCCAAUGGCUUAUCUUACACUGGAUCACCAACUACAGCCUCUAGCACCGUGCCCAAACUCCAAAGAAUCUAUGGCAGUGUUUGAACAGCAUUGUAAAAUGGCACAAGAAUAUAUGAAAGUUCAAACAGAAAUUGCAUUGUUAUUACAGAGAAAGCAAGAACUAGUUGCAGAACUGGACCAGGAUGAAAAGGACCAGCAAAAUACAUCUCGCCUGGUACAGGAACAUAAAAAGCUUUUAGAUGAAAACAAAAGCCUUUCUACUUACUACCAGCAAUGCAAAAAACAACUAGAGGUCAUCAGAAGUCAGCAGCAGAAACGACAAGGCACUUCAUGAUUCUCUGGGACCGUUACAUUUUGAAAUAUGCAAAGAAAGACUUUUUUUUUUAAGGAAAGGAAAACCUUAUAAUGACGAUUCAUGAGUGUUAGCUUUUUGGCGUGUUCUGAAUGCCAACUGCCUAUAUUUGCUGCAUUUGUUUCAUUGUUUAUUUUCCUUUUCUCAUGAUGGACAUACAAUUUUACUGUUUCAUUGCAUAACAUGGUAGCAUCUGUGACUUGAAUGAGCAGCACUUUGCAACUUCAAAACAGAUGCAGUGAACUGUGGCUGUAUAUGCAUGCUCAUUGUGUGAAGGCUAGCCUAACAGAACAGGAGGUAUCAAACUAGCUGCUAUGUGCAAACAUUGUCCAUUUUUUCAUAUUAGAGGUGGAACCUCAAGAAUGACUUUAUUCUUGUAUCUCAUCUCAAAAUAUUAAUAAUUUUUUUCCCAAAAGAUGGUAUAUACCAAGUUAAAGACAGGGUAUUAUAAAUUUAGAGUGAUUGGUGGUAUAUUACGGAAAUACAGAACCUUUAGGGAUAGUUCAGUGUAAGGGCUUUGAUGCCAGCAUCCUUGGAUCAGUACUGAACUCAGUUCCAUCCAUAAAAUAUGUAAAGGUAAGUGGCAGCUGCUCUAUUUAAUGAAAGCAGUUUUACCGGAUUUUGUUAGACUAAAAUUUGAUUGUGAUACAUUGAACAAAAUGGAACUCAUUUUUUUUUAAGGAGUAAAGAUUUUUAAUUCUGUGAUUGUGUGUAUGUGUGUUGAAACUGUAAAGCUUUUAUGACUCUAAUAUUAAUCUCUUAAAUGAAAUUAAAAGGCAAAAGAACAUGAUUGAGCUUAAAUGAUCAUUUCUUCCUGCAGUGAUUCUUGGAUUGUUUUCUUAUGUAUUUGAAAAAAAAAAAAUGAAGAAAAAUAAUGGAAAAUGGAAGUAAUUACUCCAGCUAAAAAAGUCUUGGACUUAGAUUUCUUUUUAUGAUACCAAAUGAGAAAUAAACCAGGCAAAUCAGAAGGAAGUUAAAGAAGUAAAUAUAAAUUCAACAAGUGUCCUAAUUAUCCUGGAUACUGGAAUAUUUGAUUUUCCUUACAAUCCCGUUCUAGAAUGCCUGCCGCCUUUCAACACUUAAGAGAAUUUCAACACUUACAGAGUAUUUAUAUUGUUAACAGUAAUUUUGCUACCAAAACCUUCAGAAUAACUUUAAUAAUAAAAUGACAUGGAAAUAAUAGACUAUACAAACUCUAUAUUUUUUCAGUUGGUGUUAAAAUAAGUCACAUUUUGAUACCAGUACAAGAUGUCUUUUAAAUAAGGAUGUCAUCAGUCUGAUUUUUAUAGCAUUAAUGUUUUAUGAAGAAAAAGUUCAAAAUGAAAGCAUUAAUUGCUGUGAUUAUUAGAAUUCUAUCAUGACUGUAUUGUAGUUUUUGCUCCAUUUCAGAUAAGCAAGGUCUAAGAAGUUAUCAAAACUAUUCUUUAAAAUGCUAAAGCAGGUAACUUUUUCUUCCAUUAUUUUUUCCUCCUACCGCUGAGUUUUGUAAUGAAUUCCUUGUGUAUACAAGCAAUACAGGUGAAUACUAAACUGUUAUUUUUAGCUUCUUCAAAAGCUAUUUUAGAAAGCUUCCUGGAAAUAAAUGUCUUCUGUCAUUUAAUUUAAAUAAAAGGAGUGUUAUUGUUCCCAAAUUUGAUUACCUAGCUGAAACAGAUAUUGGGUUCAGCAUAGUAAUAGUAAAAUAAAAUUGGCAGAGAAAAUAACUGUAGACUAGGAUAAAGCAUGACUCCUCCAUAGCAUUGUUGCUUGUAUGUACAUCUGUCACUCCACUGAAAGGGACCUAGUCACUUUAAAGAGGCCUUUUAUCUCAGAGCACGAGAUAUCCAAGCGUGAAUGCUAAGGCUUGAUGUUUCCCUAGCAUUCGAGAUUUCAGAUUUUAUUUAUAGUCAUUGAUGUAUUUUGCUGUAUUGUAACACAUUUAAAGGGAAAUUUUGUUAUGGUUUUUACAUGUAGUCAUUUCAUAAAAAUAUCCGGAUAGGUAAAUGGAAGAAAAUAGUAGAUUGUAGUCAUGGUACCAAAUGCAAGAGGCUGUUGAACAGUUGCUUGUUUGUUUACAGUAAGUUCCUUGAGAUUUUCAGUACUGUAGUUGCCCUGGACAUUGAGUACAGUUCAGCCUUACUCUGUUUUUAAGUAGUUGUGUUGUCAAUUUCAUGCUUUUAAGUCCUGAUGAUCCUUGGAGAUGGGAGAAAAAGAUACCAGGGAUAAUUAAAAUCCACAGCCAGUUUCAUCAGUUUCCUCAUCCAUCCUGCACAUAGAAAUGUUAACAAGGAGCCAAACUUAUUCGUUCUGGUUUUACAAUUUAUUUUGACCCUUUUUUGGGUGAAAAUUGCAAACAGCCAAGCAAGUGGCUGGAAUGCCCCAGUCUAAGAAAUUCAAAAACAAUCACUGAGUAAGCCCUAAUUACAUUUUACUCUUGAAUCCAGGAAAAGAAAGCAAGCUUUUAUCUAAUCUAGAGGGAAGUAUUCGUGAGCAAUAAAAAUCACUUUUUUGAGUUGAAUAAUAAUCAGUUAAGAAUAUUUACCGCAUAGCAACACAACAUAUAAAGAUUUGUUACAAGUUGUUUACAAAUGUUUGACUAUUUUUGCUGAAGUAUUUUAGAGUAUUGAAUGUCUUCUCUCUUCAAGUUUCUUUCAUGUUCCUAAUUUCAGCUCCUGUAGCCAGAGAUCACAGGUCUUCCCUGUGAAACUUUGGUUUCUUUCUAUAAAUGUGUGUGGCUUUCAGCGCUCAACUCCUGUCUUCAAAUGGUAGUAAGUUCUACUUCUACUUCUGUCAUUCAGAACAUUUUAUGUCAAAUGAUGUAAUGCAGAAAUUCUUGUGCAUAUUUGUAACUGAAGGAAGCUUUUUAGAUUUAUUUUUGUUUUUAAUAAAAUUCAGAUUCCUAUUCUAAA